UUCAACAAUCGUCAAAGUGAAUUAUAAUGGCUGAUACUGUUGCUCCUGUUGCUGCUCCGGCCGCUGCCUCUCCGGCUAAGGCACCGAAGAAAGCCAAAGCCUCCAAGGGAGACGCCAAGAAACCGAAGAAGCCAUCGACUCACCCUCCAGUGAACGACAUGGUUUUGGCCGCCAUCAAGACCCUCAAGGAACGUAACGGUUCCUCUCUGCAGGCCAUCAAGAAGUACAUAGCCGCCAACUACAAGUGCGACGUCGCAAAGUUGGCUCCGUUCCUCAAGAAGGCCCUGAAAUCGGGCGUCGAAAAGGGAAAGCUUGUCCAGACCAAGGGAACUGGCGCUUCCGGUUCGUUCAAGAUUAAGGCCGACGCUAAGAAACCAGCUGGCGAGAAGAAGGCGGCAAAGAAGCCAAAGAAGGAGACCAAGGCUAAAAAGCCAGCUGGCGAGAAAAAGGUUGCCAAGAAACCAAAGGCCGCCGCUGCCAAGAAAACUGGCGAAAAGAAGGCUAAGGCCGCACCGGCUAAAGCUGCCAAGAAGGCUGCCGGAGUGAAGAAGACUGCUGCUCCUAAGCAGAAAGCCACUAAACCAUCAAAGACCGCAGCCAAGAAACCGAAGACCCCCAAACCAAAGAAAGCUGCUCCAGCCAAGAAGGCCGCGCCGAAAAAAGCAGCUGCCAAAAAGUAAAUUUUAAUUGACAAUGAAUCCUAUUACCAGUAUCUGGUACAAACAAACAGUUCUUUUAAGAACUACCAAAUCUGUACACGAAGAAGUUAAUUAUUUUUCUCCAAAAAUGCAUUACACAGUUUUGUUCAAUAUCAACAUAAUUUUUUACCCGUCAAAAAUUCAGACGAAACAAUUUCCAUAUCAAAACUGCCUGACAGAGACAAUCAGUUUUCUGUUUAUGCAUAAGAUGUGCUUGGAAUUGCUUCGCUGAGAAUAAAUAUUGAACAGGUACGUCCAUAGAAACCCGUUUUUGUGAGACUAGACACCCUGCUGGUCAUGCUGGUUAUUCUAUGUACAAUCGUACACUGACGACAGUAAAACCGUCAGAUUUGAAGCAAUUCCCGGUCAAGUUUGUUGAUGACUUCGUGCCCAAGAAAUAUUGAUAGAAAAAUGCUUCUCUAUUCUUCCACAUUAAAUUGAUAUUUAUUUUUACUUUGUGUUAAAUAACAUUUUAAAUUU